AUGUAUCAAUCAAUAGCCUCUUUUUAUGGUUCGAGUUAUAUGUCCGUUCCCUAUGAAGAGUCCAAAAGUACUACAAAUAUAUCGUUUCGCAUCAAAACCUAUCAAUCGGAUGGUUUUAUAUUUGCAUCCAUUGGAUCCAUAGAUUAUUGUAUAAUCUGUAUUAAAAAUGGACAAAUAAAUGUACGAAUAAAUCUGGGUUCGGGUGAAUCACAUCUUAUGUCUAAUGAUUUAAAACUAAAUGAUUUGAAAUGGCAUCGCAUAGAUGUACAGCGUGUGGACUCUGAAAUAUCAUUAACCAUCGAUGAUUAUCAUACAUUUUUUGUUGAUAUUCCUGGAAGUUUUUACGACUUGAAUAUAAAAUAUGGCAUAUAUUUGGGUGGAUUAAGUGAUACCAUUAAAAGAAAUUAUUUAGAAGAGUUGCCUAAAUUUAGGGGAUGUUUAGAACAAGUGUUUUAUAAUGGCCUCAAUAUUACCGAUAUCUCCAUUAAAACUAACGGUACUCAUGAUGUUACUGAUGAGUGUAACAAUCAAUUUGAGGCCAAACAUAGCGAUGAUAUAAGUUUUGUUGAAAGUGGAAGUUAUGCUGUAUUUACAGGAUUUGCAAAUAAUGUCAGAACCGGAGGGACUAUAAGUUUUCAAAUAAAAACUUCUGCUUUUAUUUCACUUGUUUUAUAUAACGGUGGAAGUUAUGGACAUAAAUCAGACUUUAUUUCAAUUGAAAUAAUAAACGGCAAAAUUGUGUUAUCUAUUAGUGAUGGCAACGGUUUCAUUGAGUUAUUAUCAGACAUAGUGGUCAGCGAUGGCUUCUGGCAUUCGGUUAGACUUCAAUUCAGUCCAUUAUAUAUGGAAAUAUCUGUCGACGACUUACCUGCCAAUAGUUUAAGACCCAACUUAGGCAACAAAAAAUAUUUUAAUUUUAGUGAUAAUUUAUAUAUAGGAGGAUUGGAUGCAAAUAUGGAUUAUAAUGGACUAAAAUCCAUGUUUGAAGUUCUGUCACUUCCAGAAAGUUCACUGAAAGGGUGUCUUAAAAAUGUAAAGAUUGGAUAUAAAAUGAUAGGUCUUAAAGACGCUAUAAUCACCAAAGGUGUCAAAUCAGGUCAAUGUAUUUGGGAGUUCCCAUGCCUUUCACAAGUCAAGUCUCCCUGUAUUGACGGCGCUAAGUGUCUUCAACAGGGCUUUCAUGAUUUUAAGUGUUUGUGCGAUAAACCCAACUGUUUUCGGACCAAUUUUACACAUUAUAAAUAUGUUAAAAUUAAAUCUGAAAGUCAAAUAUAUUCGCCAAUUAAUGACUCUCCAAAAGACUUGAUUAAUAAGACAAUUAAUGUGUUAAAAGUGGCCAUCAAUUCAAAGCGUUUCAUAACAUCUGAGUAUUUGAAUGUAAUCGAUGAUCAAGAGAGUCGUCCAGAGGAAGUCUUAUAUAAAAUCAAUGGUAUAUAUAAUGGCGAUCAAAGUUUUAUUGAAAACAUGAGAAAUCCCGACAUCCCUAUCGAUAAUUUCACUCAAAGUGAUAUAAAUGAGAAAUUGAUUUGUUUUGUUCAUAAAUCAAAGUCAUUAGUGGCGAUAAACAAUAUUAAAACAAUGUUAACAUUGAUUGAUAAAAAGGGAUCAAAAAUUGAUAUUAUAUUUUUGGUUCAGACCUAUCAAAUUGAAUUGACUUUAAUAAAUAAUACGGGAAUCAGUUUGCCUUAUAAUACAUUUGCAAUCAUAACGGCAUCUAAUCUUAGUUAUACCACUAAUACUGAAAGCGAUGUCAACCAAUAUAUAAGAUUUGAGAUAACAAAACAAAGUCAGUUUGGAGUCAUAGAGAAGCACAGGGCUAGUGGUCAUUGGGUUAACGUAACGUUUUUCUCUCAGAGACAGAUUAAUAGAAAUAAAAUUAGAUAUUUUCACUUAAAAGAUAAACCAAACCAUGACUUUAUUGACCUCCAAGUCUCAUAUAAUCAAAUCAAAGCGCCUCCCAUUCAAUUAAAAAUCCAAUUUAAAACAUCACAAUUACAGUUAAUCUCAUUGAAUCAAUUGACAAUAAAUCAAAGCACCAAACAAAUUGCUAUUACAAAUAAAGAUUUAAAAUUUGAUACCUCACCGUUUCCUACUGAUCCCAGUCUUAUAAUAUACACAAUACUAUCUUUACCAUCAUUUGGAUCAUUGUAUUUAAUCAAUGGCAAUACUACGGAAAAAUUAAGUGUCACAUCAUUUUUUACACAAAAAAUGAUUGACGAAGAAAUACUUUUCUAUAACUGUUCCAACUCUAAACCUUUGUCUGGUCACGACUUCUUUGACUUUGAGGUCGUCAACGAAGAUGGACUCACCAAUGUUCAAGUGAUGAGCUUUCAUUUCAAAUUUAUAACGAGUACUACGGAUGUAUUCACUUUAAACAAUGAAAAGCUAAUAGUGAUUGAAGGCGACAGAGCAACCAUUAGUAAUAAGUUAUUGAUGGUCGAGACACCCGAUAAGGACACACUCAUCACUUAUAAUAUCACUAAUAAACCAAAGUUUGGUACAAUUAAAGUAUUGAAUCAACAACUUAAUGAUAUAAUUCAGAUAUCGCCCGAUUUGUUUACACAAACAGAAAUCGAUGACAACCGAGUUGUCUAUUAUCACGACGACAGCGAAAACAAUGUCGAUGUCUUUGAUUUUGUAGCUCUCGACUCACUAAAUCGUUUCAUAUGUUUUGCCACUUUCACCAUAGAUGUAGUCAUGAAGAAUGACAAUCCACCCGUUCGUGUCAUUGAUAAAGUGUUUCAAGUGGUUACCGACGGAGAGAAAAAACUUACUGCUAAUGAUAUUAAAUAUAUUGACGCAGAUAUAGACUCUUCGCCGGCAAAUAUUAAAUACACAAAGACUUAUAUACCAAAUGGCAAUUUAUAUUUCAUAGAUCGACCAAAUGUUGCGGUCGAACAGUUCACUCAAGAAGAUAUCAAUAAUGAGAAUAUUCUGUUCAAACAUAGCGGCGAUGAAAGUGGUCGCGCAAUACUCUGGAUAACCGACGGCCAGUUUUACGCUUCCGGUGUACUCGAGAUUAAAGCCUCGCGACCUUUCCUACGAAUAUUACGUAAUACAGGACUGGCCGUCAAAUAUGGAGAAAGUGUUACCAUUUCUAUUAAUAAUCUCACAGUUGAUAGCAAUCUUGAUAUAAGCCGUAAAAGUGAUGUAACCAUAAAAAUAACAUCUGAACCUAAAUUUGGUCACAUAUUGAUUGGAGGCAAAGAAAUAAAUAGAUUCACAUUACAGGAUUUGAUCGAUGAAAACGUUGAAUAUGAAAGCAAAGCCUUUGAAGAAGACUCAUUGGUUAUACAUAACGACUCAUUUAUGUUUAGACUUUUUUUCAAUGGAGAGGACUACCUAUCGAGUAGAGUGACUGCUGAGAACCAAUUGUUUAAUAUCUCGAUAUACCCGCACUCGUACUUUCAAUUAAGUUUAGUCCACUUAAGUAACAUCUCUGCCAAUGAGGACGACUAUGCUAUUGUUGACUCUAAUCACCUGAUGGUGAGUCACCAGACCUUAGACCCGGAGAACAUUGUCUUUAUGAUCAGUGAAUUACCAAAAUUGGGUUUUCUAUCACUGCUUACAACUAAUACAACACCGAUUCCGAUGCACUUUCACUAUCAAAACACUUUGAAUAUGACUUACAUUAAGAACGAAGCAUUGCUUUUGUUCACACAAAAGGAUAUUAACGACGGCUUAAUUCACUACAAGUAUUCCCUAUUAGAUAAUGAUAUUACAAACAACACAUAUAUUGAUUAUUUUCGGUUUGAUGUCUCCAAUGGUAUUACAACACUUCAUGAUCUUACUCUUUAUAUAAAUAUUAUCUCAAAAAUUAUCACUUUAUACACAACUAAUAUAACGGUCACUGAGGGUCAAAGUGUUGUCUUAAUGACCGGUGAUUUCAUUGUGUCCAAUGAUUUUUAUGUCAAUCUUAUCGAUGAAUAUCUUAUCAUAGAAGAGCCCAAAUUUGGGACAAUAGUCUGCAUGAGUGAAAAUGAAGAGAAAAUGAAGACCAAAACAUUUACACCCAAACAGCUCAAGAAUGGUCUUAUUUGGUACGAACAUAAUGGUUCAGAAACGACAAGAGAUUGGCUGACAAUUGUGGUCAGAGCCAACUCAUUGAAUAAAGAAAGCUUACCAUCAACUAUACACGUGUCUAUUGAUCCUAUUAACGAUGAAACACCACAUGUAGUCAAUAAUACUGGUUUAGAGCUUUGGGAGGGAACCAGUGCUGUCCUCACAAAUACACAUUUGGCUGCUGUAGAUGACGAUUCUGUCACUGAAGAUAUAGUGUAUCUAAUUUCUACUCCAAGCAAUGGUUAUGUGACAACUGUUGAUAAUAAGCGAACACCAAUUGAAAGGUUCACUCAGGUGCAGAUCGAUUCGGGAGAUAUCAUGUAUGUCCACGGAGGAGAAAUGGCCGGCGGAUUCAGAUUUCAAGUGACCGACGGCACUAACUUUGAUUCUCCACAUGUCUUCACAGUAGCGGCCAAACAAAUUAUGAUAUCAGUUUUAGUUAAUAAAAAACUUAAUGUUUUACCUCAAAUGCAACAAUCACUAACUCGUGAUCACCUAUUGGUUGAAACAAAUGAUGGCAACAGUUCCCGACAAUUUAUUUACCAUAUGAUUAAAGAACCAAAGUUUGGCCGCUUUUUAUUAGAGAAUUCUGACGGCUCUACAAAACAGGUGCUCUCUUUUAGUCAAAAACAAAUCAAUCAAAACUUCAUACUUUAUGAACAAAAUAAACCAAUUGAUGAUAUGAUAGUCGAGGAUGAGAUUAUAUUUGAUGUCGAAUCACAUUUUGUUCAGUCAUUGAAAAGUCUCAGAUUUGUUGUUGAGAUAACAUCCAAUACAACGAGUAGAUCCGAACCUGAAGUGACCACUCAAGUGUCCAUUUGGACCGAUAUCAGUCCUAUUACUGUAAUUGAGGGUCAAUUUGUGAUAAUUACUGAUAAAAAUUUGAAUACUAGCAAAUUAGUUGAAAAAAUAAAACAUAAAGAGUCCAUCAUUAGAGUUACCGACAAAUUAUAUGCGCGAAUACAACGAAAGCCUUCUCAUGGAGUGCUUCUCUAUGAGGGACAUGACAUGACUUCAAGAAUCAAAAGUUUGCCAUUAAGUGCCUUAACUAAGAAUACAUUGAUCUACAAACACGACAACAGCAAUACAUUCAAUGAUUCAUUUGUUUUGGGGAUUUAUAUCCGUAAAACUGUUGAAACUCUUAUAGAAAAUCAUACAAUUAAUGUCAAUAUAAUUCCAGUCAACGAUGAACUGCCAAUUCUGCUGACAUCUAAUCCACGUAUUAAUGUCAUCUAUGAAUCAAAGUCAUUGAUAACAAAUGCAAUAUUGAAGACUAGUGAUGACGAUGGACUGCCACAGAAUAUAAUCUAUGAACUAACUCGUGAGUCGUUUGUGUCAAACAAUUUCGGUUAUUUUAUGGUCGAACCAAACGAAGAACCAGUUGGUUGGUUCACUCAAACCCAAAUCGAUUCAAACAAAGUGUAUUUCAAACAUAACGGAACUCUAAGACAACAGCAAAUUAAGUUCAGAGUUAAAGACGAAAAGUCUGUUUGUAGAGAUGUUAAUGAAUCGAUUACAGACACCAAUCACUGCACACCCAUCCAUACCAUGACUAUUGUUGUCCAACAAUUAACAUUAACCCUAACUAAUCAUUCAACUGUUCAAUUACUUCAAGGAUCCAUCAAAACUAAAAUAAAACCAAAACAUUUAGGAACUAUAAGUAAUGAUAUCAAAUCUGAAGAUAUUAUCUAUUAUAUAAAAGAGGGACCAAUUGAUGGCUAUAUUAUAGUUAAUGAUAAAACUAAUAAUGAAAAAUUUACACAAAAAGAUAUCAAUUCAUUGCAUGUUUCGUAUAUACAAAUAAAUAAGACUUCAAGAGAUUAUUUUAUUGUUGAUAUUAUGAGAGACAAUAGCAAACAAACUCAUAAAACAAUUAAAAACAUCACAGUUUUAAUAUCAGUCAAACCUCUAGUCAAAGCUAAUAAACCAUAUUUAAUUGCCAGUCCUGGGAUCAAGUCUUACAUGACUAGUGAGCACUUGGAUGCGAGUGAUUUGGCUUCAAUUACCAAUUCAAUGCCCAAAUUUUCAGUCACUUCAUAUCCAAAGUUUGGAGUUUUGACAAAAUUUUCAAAUGAAUUAAGACCUAAACGAAAGACUAAUACAAACAAUUUGUUAAUUGACUUUACAAAUGAAGAUAUAGUAAAGGGUAAGAUUGCAUACAUAGCUGACAACGAUCUCGAUUUGAAUUAUCCAAAUGAGAUAAUCACUGAUGUUAUUCAUUAUGAUCUGAGAGCUGAUAGCGUACAGACAGCUUCAGGUGUAGUUGUGGUCAAUAUUGUUAAAAACAAUUUGUUUGACAAAACCAAUGAUUUGAAUGUAAACCGAAAAUUUAAUGUUUCACAUAAUAUCGAUAUUGGGAUAUUUGAAAGAGAGGAUGGCGUCAACUAUUUAAACAUAAUCAUCAAUAGAGACCAUUUGCUUGUUGUCAUUGUGUUUAUUGUUAUCGUAAUACUGACCAUAACUUUAAUUGUAAUCAUCAAAGCAUGUAAUUCGGGGGCCAAUCAUCUGAAUCAACAUAAAAACAACACUAAAUCCGUGCCAUUAAAUACUGCAAUAAAUCCAAACACAUCUAUUUUGGACACUCCACCGGCCAGUGAUUACGGCGGAGAAAUGCUAAUACUCUCUAAUAGACUUUCGCCAAGAAGCACACCAUCUGUCUCUGAAACAGACACUGGAAUCAUACCUAUAGUACCGCCGACAUCGCCAUCACUUAGCACCACUUGUAGCAUACCUGAGGGACGCACAGCUACUCCCCGGUCAUUAUUACGCCUACCAAUGGCAGAUCGAUUACGCGGUUAUGGUCUCGCAGCUCAGGAUUCACUACCAGAGGAAACCAUAUCAUCAGUACUACCUCUACCUCCGCCAUCACUUUAUUUCUCUAGUGAUUCAAAUAUGGGUUCUCCUGAUAAUUGGGGUAACAAUUCAAUACCUAUGAGUAAAAUGCCUCCAAUAAUGCCUCGUUAUAUAGAUGAUCAGUAUUGCGGUUCUUAUCAUCACUUGUUGUACCCCAAAGAAUCACUAAAUCAUAAUUCAUUAGAUUUAUCGCCACCUCAUGUCAUUGGAAAUGGCAUUUUAUCCUUAGAUUCACCGGAUAUUUCAUUACCUAAAACAGCUAUUAAUUCAGAUGAUCUCUAUUUAUCGUUCAACUCAUCCAAUGAUUGUCUACAGAGUCCGCAGUAUUUCAAAAGUUUAUUAACUUAUAAUGACUGUAAAUCUCCAAAUUCUGAUGUCUAUAUCAAUGAUAAUUUCAGUUCGGAUUGUGUCUCAAUUCAACAUAAUUUGGGUCAAACUGUGGCCAAACAGAAACAUCAACAUUGGGUCUGA